AUGUCAAAAAAAGUUAUUGUUAUUGGUUCAGGUUCUAGAGAGCAUGCUAUUGCAUGGAAAUUAUUGGAAUCAUCAAAAGUUGAACAAGUUUAUAUGGUACCCGGAAAUGGAAGUGCUUCGACUUCGGGUGAUCGUAUUAUUAACUUGUCAGAUGUUGCUGUGACUGCUGAAGCAGUAGGUGAUGCUGCCAAUCGUUUGGGUGUAGAUUUAGUUAUAGUCGGACCGGAAGUGCCAUUGGUUGACGGUAUCGCCAACGGUCUGCGACGUCGUGGUAUCCGUGUGUUUGGCCCAAGUCAAAAGGCCGCCGAGAUCGAGGGAUCCAAGGUAUUUUGCAAAGACUUUAUGGCACGUCACAACAUCCCGACUGCACGUUACAAAUCGUUUGUAGGUGCCGCACAAUACGAUGCCGCCACACAGUAUGUAGAGCAAGCCGACUUCAACGUCGUCGUCAAAGCUAGCGGAUGCGCCGCUGGCAAAGGUGUAUUGAUCCCUGCCAACAAAGAAGAGGCAAAACUCGCAGUCAAGCGUGUUUUAGUUGAUCGUGAAUUCGGUGCCGCCGGUGACGAAGUGGUCAUCGAAGAGUUCUUGGACGGCGAGGAAGCAUCGGUGAUGGCAUUCUCUGACGGUUACUCUGUUGUUUUGAUGCCCGCUGCACAAGACCACAAGCGUAUAUUCGACGAUGACAAGGGACCAAAUACAGGUGGAAUGGGUGCCUACGCGCCAGCACCAUUCGUAACCGAUCGUUCCAUUGCUUCGAGAACUGGAUUCGGUCCGACUAUGGAUCGUGUUCUCGACACUGUUAUCAAGCCAACCGUUGACGGUAUGCGUCGUGAAGGACGUCCAUUCGUCGGUGUAUUGUUUGCCGGUCUGAUGGUUUCGCCAAGCGGUGUGAUCAAUGUGCUCGAAUUCAAUUGUAGAAUGGGUGAUCCAGAGACACAAGUUGUUUUACCACUGUUGGAUACAGAGUUGAUCGCGGUUGUCGAUGCCUGUUGUGACGGUGCACUCGACUCGAUCAAGGUCAACUGGAAGCAAGCCUACGCCGUCACCAUUGUGUCGGCAUCAGAGGGAUAUCCAGAUUCCUAUCCAAAGGGACGUGAGAUCCACGGACUCAACAACGCGAAAUUCUCUGACGAAGCGAUGAUCUUCCAAGCAGGAACAACCGUUGUCGAUGGAAAGUUGGUUACAUCCGGCGGUCGUGUACUCUCUGCAACUAGUGUAAAUAGCGAGUUGGAGACUGCCAUUCAAUUGGCAUACAAGGCCAACGACACCAUUGACUUCCAAGGACGUCAAUUCCGUCGUGAUAUCGGUCGUAAAGCACAACGUUAUCUUGCUUCACAAAAGAACAGCAAAUCCGUUUCGUACAGUGAAUCCGGUGUCGACAUUGAGCGUGGAGAUGCCGUUGUAGACAAUAUUGCACCAUUGGCCAAGGCCACCACUCGUAAGGGUUGUGUUAGCGAUCUCGGUGGAUUUGGUGCUCUUUUCGAUACUAAAGCUGCAGGUUUCGUUGACCCAAUCCUCGUCUCUGGAACCGACGGUGUUGGAACCAAGCUAAAGAUUGCCCAAGAGAUUGGAAUUCACGAUAAUAUCGGUGUUGAUUUGGUUGCCAUGUGUGUCAAUGACGUCUUGGUGCAAGGUGCCGAGCCAUUGUUCUUCCUCGAUUACUUUGCUACCGGUCGUAUCCAUGUCGAUGUCGCCACACAAGUCAUCGGUGGUAUUGCCAAGGGUUGCAGUGGAUCGGGAUGUGCACUGAUUGGAGGUGAGACCGCUGAGAUGCCAGGUAUGUACCGUGAUGGUGAAUACGAUUUGGCUGGUUUUGCUGUUGGUGCUGUCGAGCGUACUCAAAUGUUGCCACGUAACAUCAAGCCUGGAGAUGUACUCUUGGGUUUGGCAUCGUCCGGUGUCCACUCAAACGGUUACUCAUUGGUUCGUUAUCUCGUCGAGAAGAAGUCGGGAUUGGUCAACGCCAACGGAUCGGUCUACGAUUUGCCGGCACCAUUCGAAUCGUCAAAGACCUUGGGACAAGCACUUCUCACACCAACUCGUCUCUACGUUCUUUCAUGUUUGGCAGCUAUUAAAGCUGGUGGUAUCAACGGAUUGGCACAUAUCACCGGUGGUGGUAUCACAGAGAAUCUUCCACGUGUACUUCCCGAUGGAAUGAACGCAACAGUCAAGCUCAACAGCUGGGAGAUUCUCCCUGUAUUCCAAUGGUUGAACAACAUUGGAAAGAUGGAGCAAUUCGAACUCCUGAGGACCUUCAACUGUGGUUUAGGUAUGAUUGUAAUUGUUGAUGCAAACAGAGUUGAAUCAAUCACCGAAAUCCUCAAACAACACAACGAAACAGUAUAUCAAAUCGGAACAAUUACAGCUUCAACAGAAACAAAUUCAAAACCAAAGGUUAUUUAUCAAUAA